GAGAGAGAGAGAGAGAGAGAGAGAGAGAGAGACAGGGAGAAAAAAGAAACGAAAGACAAAAAGGACAGAGUAACCAAGUGCGUCUAGUUAUAAUUUCCACGAUUUUUCCACGGUCAAGGGUGAAAAUCGGAGAGAAAUCUGGGAACCAGACAGCCGGCCAGGAGAAAACAGAUUGAUCCGGGGCCGCGACGUCCCGCAGCGUGGAUUUUGUGUGUCGUUCGCCCCCGAAGACGUUUCAACAGAAAGAACGAGGGGCAGGAAGAGGAGGAGGAGCAGGAGGGACGAUCAUGGACAUGUCGGAAGAUUGCUGGGAGCACGUGGGACUGCUUCAAGAGGUCUCCGCCGCGGAACCACCCCCGCCGCCGCCCGCUCCUGACUUCCUAAUUCAGCAACAGGAGCUGCUGGUGAGCGGCGGGCAGCCAACGACGGCGACCUCGCCGGCGAUGUCGUCGGGCGGCGCGCUGAGCCCCGGCGCGCUCUCGCCCUCGUCGACGGCGACAGCGACGACGAGCGGCGCCGCGGCGGCAGCCGCCUCCGGAGGGGCGAGCACCCCUGUGGCCGGCACCACGGGGCCCACCGGUUGUUGCGAGAACGGCAGGCCCAUGAUGACCGACCCGGUCACCGGACAAACGGUAUGCAGCUGUCAAUACGACAGCGCGGCCAGGCUGGCGCUGGGUGCUUACCCAAGGUUAGCACCCACUGCUACCUCCUACUCGUCUUACCCCACGCCGACGCCCUCCACCAGCGACCAAGGGCCCUACCCCAGCAUCGGAAUGGACAGCUCUGCCUUCUAUCCGCCUCUGGGUAAUCCGUACGGACUGAAGGAGGCGACGGGAAUGGGGAUGACGGCGGAUAUGGGUACUGCAUGGGGCACGGCCGCCCUUCAACCUGCCGCCACUGGUUACUACCCCUACGAUCCAACCCUGGCCGCCUACGGAUAUGGCGCCGGAUACGACCUGGCGGCGCGGCGGAAGAACGCGACGAGGGAGUCGACGGCAACGUUGAAGGCCUGGCUGAACGAGCACAAGAAGAAUCCCUACCCGACCAAGGGCGAGAAGAUCAUGCUGGCGAUCAUCACGAAGAUGACGCUGACGCAGGUGUCCACCUGGUUCGCGAACGCGCGACGGCGUCUCAAAAAGGAGAACAAAAUGACCUGGGAGCCGAAAAACAAGACCGACGACGACGACGACGCGGUUCUCACGGACUCGGAGGACAACAAGGAGAAGGACGAUCUCGCGGGUGACAAUCAAGGGGACAGAGUCGGCGAAGAGGCGAGGAGAGGCCUCGAAGAAAACGAGCCGAUGAGGCACGUGAAAGCGGAGCACUUGCAGCACGACAAGGACCUGGACGAGGAGGACGAUCUGGACCUCGAGGAGGACCCACGGCGGGGAGAGCAUCCCUUUCACCACGCGAUGCAGCACCAUCACCAUCAUCACCAAGGGUACACCCCGGAGGACCACCUCAAGGACGAGGGCAUCAAGUCCGAUUGUAGCACAGCCGGUGUCCCGAUUCCGGCGACCAAGCCUAAAAUCUGGUCGCUGGCGGACACGGCGGCUAGCAAGACGCCCCCGCCUCUCACGCACCCUCACCACCAACAGUAUCACCAUCUUCAUCAUCAGCAACACUACGGCCAACAGCAGCACCAUCUGUCCAAUCAAGGCCAUCACCAUCACUCGCAACAACCUUGGCUAGGUGGUAACGCCGGUGGCGGCGGCAGCGCUGGUAGUGGAGGCGGAAACCUGAGCUCGUUCGCGUUACCCUCAUCUGCGUCGAUGAGCCCGUCGGCGGCGGCGACCGCGCCGUACUCCAGCGCGGCGACCAGAUACGGCGGUUUCCUCUCGUCCUCGUCCGGAGGGCAGCUGCAUUACAACCCCUCGUCGUCCGGUUCGAGCUCGAGCGCGUCCUCCUCGGCGGCGGCGGGGUUUCCCGAGGUUGGUACGGACACUCCACCCCAGACACCGCCCAACAUGAAGGUGGCUACACCGAAUGGAGUGAUCCAGGCACCACCGGGCGGUUACUGCACUGGUGGUAACGGCAGCACAACGGCCAACAGUAAUCCGAAUCCUUACGGGCCGAGUCAUCCGGCUGCCGGCGGCUAUCUCUCCACCAGUUCCGGCUCGGCCAGCAGUGGUUCCUCCUUCAGCUCCAGGCUGCAGGCAUCCCCUCACAAAGACUUCUCGCCCGCUGGACAGAACUCCAUUCUACACCAGCACCAGACCACUGCCAGCUUGCCACCUACAGAGGCCACUACCGCGUUCAAACCGUUCUACAAGGGCUCUCAAUCGAUGGGCAGCGGAUUCGUGUCGCCUGUUUAAGAGGUUCUCGGUCGAUCCUGGAUCACCGUCGCGUUCCUUCAGGAUUAAGUGAAGGACGCAAGCGCCCGCCGCUGAGAGAUCCUGGGAUUUACUACCGUGAUCUUCGGGAGGAGAGUGGCGAAACUAGGAUGAGGAGGAAGAAGAAGAAGGAUGCGAGAGAAAGCAGAGAGCUUCUUGGAGAGCACGAGAAAAAGCAGGAGAAUAACUUUCGGAAGAAAGAAAGAAAGAAAGAAAGAUAGAAAGAGAAAGAGAGGAGGAAAGGUGGCACAGCGGUUCGUCCUUGAGAUACAUAAAUCGUCCCGGUGGCGUGCAAGGUGCGACUGCGGAAGACGAAUGACAUUGGCUGCAGCGCAUGCGCGCGCCAAUUGGGUUGGCUCGGAAGAGAUUUAGGAAUUACAGAGGAAUUACGUCAAAGUAUACGUCUGCUUACGCGUUCGGGUUCGCGAGGGAAAAAAGAAGAAGACGCCAUCGCGAGGAGGAAAACGUGAGCCGCGGAUGAUACGUCUGUGACGUUCGCAGGAAAUUUCACGGACUCGGACGUUCUUAAACCGAAAAUCAAGGUGUUUGUCAUUCGUCGAGAGCAGCAGCGGAAAAAGAAAUUCAAUGCCCGAAACAUCGUGCAAGUUGGCUCGUUCACGCGCCCGGGGGGGAUUCCUUAGUCAGCCAAUUCUUCACCGUCGGUCGUUUCGCGCGUUUCACAAUGGUUUUCAAUUCUGUAAAUAAAGGGAAUCGUCGUGCACUCAUUCGUUUGAGAAAGAAACAAACGCGGUAACGCGCGUCGAAAAUCGUUCGUUUUGUACAUAAAUCGCGGAUGGGGAGGAGGGAACGAGUUGACCAUCGAUCCAAGGAUGUUUCUCGUUCCUCGUUUACCCGUUCGUCUGUUCAUCAGCGGAUCUCGUCGACUGAAGAAGUCGGGGACCCGCGAACCACACGGGCAACGUGCAAAGUAGCAGCCAUUUCGGAUAAACCCAAACGACUGACUCGUUUUGGGGAAGUCCAGGUCGUAAAUUGAUCGUAAACCGAUCUAUUCUUCGCGAUUGAAUUCGUCGAAAUUUAUCAAAUGGGAGAUCGUUGGAAUCGCAGAGAGACCAACGAAGCAACCUUUUGUAUAAGGUUGGUCCCUCGUACCUCCGACAUGUACGCGCGUAAUGGGUGCCGUUUAGUUGUUUGUUGAAGACGAGGCAACAAGGCGGAAGGUGAAGAGGAAGACGGAUCGUACACAGCGGCUACUUUAUCCUUAAUCUACCAGUAACUGUUUAAUUAAACUCCCGAUGGAAUAUUCUCUCGUAUACACGCGAACACGUUGUUCGCAUUGAUAAAUAAAAAGGUGGCCAGCAGAAGCGUAGAUCUGGCAUUAACGAGAGCUGGACCUAUGGAAAAUUCGUCGAGGCGUGCUCUCGAAUAUCCAGCGCAUAUCGCGUCCGCGAGUGUAGUUUUUCGAUUGGCAGACACGCUGUCCACGAAGGGCCGGAAAUUACGGUGCAGAGAAAAGAAGAAUGGUAACAGUAUCGGCAAAUUAAUUAAGAGUGAAAAUUCGUCCUUUUCCCGGUGCACUCGCGAUCCACGGACUUCCGGUUUCCUGCGGCCGCGGCGCGCGCACCACGAGAAUUCCACACUCCGCGAUAACACGCGUGUCUACCUUUAAUUAGCAUCGUACAUUGUCUUCGUUACAUUCAACCCUCUCUCUGUGCAAUAUAUCGUUUUAGAAAUCGUUCGAGAGUCUCUCGUGAUCGCGCUCUCGCAGGCCGGGCCAAAGUGGAAGUUUCUCGCUCGAUGCUAAAUUCUAUGCACGCGUGUGUGUGUGUGUGCGUGCGUGCGUGCGUGUGUGCAUUUGCUCGUGUUUAUGCGUGUGGCAAGCAAGAUCGAUCCGUGAUCUCUUUGUUCGGUCCUUUAAUUUGCUUAAAAUCCUCGUGAUCUCGCGCGAACGAAAUAUCGCGGCGAUCGUUAGAUGAGGAUUUCCGUCAUAUCAUUUCCAUUCGAUUCGCCAUCCAUAGAUCCGGGACGGAGGAGGAGAAGCGCGAUCGAUCGAUGAUAAACGCGAGGUGCGCUCGAGAUUGUUGAUAUUUUUUUAUAUUACAUGUACGUGGCGCAAAUCGUCCCUCCUUUCGAAGAGUACGUAUUCACAGCGGCAGAAUGGGAGCACUACUUGCCCACUCGUCUCUCGAGCCUCGUGUCAUGGUAAAGAACGAGCAAAAUGGAGUGAUUGGUGAAUGAACGUAGAGAAAGAGAGAGAGAGAGAGAGAGAGAGAGAGAAGAGUGAUAACGAACGAAGCAAAAACAAAAAGAAAAUUAAUUAUAGAAAUCGACUAUCAUUUUGUACUCUGGCAUGUGUAAGCUUGCGCGUGCGUGUGUGUGUAUGUUAUCGUCGACGCUUUGUGUCGUUGCGUUGGAAGAGAAAAGCUGAACGUACAGAGAGCAAGAGAGUAAGAGAGAGUGAGAAACUGAGAAGAGCAGAACGAUGGGAGUAAUUGUACAUUGUUUUGUAAAGAGUACAUUUAUUUAUAUCUGUGAUAAUGUGGCGAGGUUAGAGAGAGUUGGCGAGAAAAGGAAGUUGCAAAACGGGAGAGAGAAACGGUCGGACAAGAGUGAAAGAGAAAGGAAGAGUGAAAUAUAUUAGGUGUACGAUUUAAAGAAAAAAAAAAGAAAAAAAAAAUGAAAAAAAAGAGAAUAAAAUGAAUUAAGGAGGAACAGUACGGUGCUGGUGGUCUUCGACCGAAGAUGGUCGGUGCUGGUGCAUUCAUUGAUACGUAUAUCGUAAUAGGGUAAUUAAUAGAGACUCGAUCGUGGUUUUGUAAAUAAUCAUCGCAACGUGUAGCCGGGUGAUAACAUCGAGGGUCGAGUGUAAUUGUCCUGAGUAGAAGGAGAAAAAAUAAAAUAAAAAGUAAAAGAGGAAUCGUAAGAUAGGGA